UGUCCAUAUUCAAAGGCGCUCUCUCUCUGCCCCGCUGCAAUAAAGGCACAUAACGGGGCAUGGGGCGCAGGGAGAGUGUUCAUACUGACAUGUUAGCGCGAUGACUUGUGAGUAACAUCUGAUUGGGACGAGGCUCCCGGCGUGAGGAGGAAGAACCAGGGGGACGUGCCAUUUGCCGGGACAGGGACCCACACCACUCGGUACCUCAACAAGAGCGCGAGAGAGAGUGGAGACGAGUCCAAGAAGCAGCGGAGGGAGAUCUCUGUGUCCAUCUGAAUGAAAAGAUGAGCUUGUUGUCUGCCAUCGACACGAGCGCCUCCGUGUACCAGCCCGCGCAGCUCCUAAACUGGGUGUAUCUGUCCCUGCAGGAGCCGCACCAGACCAGCGCGUUCGACGCCUUCAGACCCGAGCCCAACUCUUCACACUCGGAUCUCAACUUCAGCAAGACUCCCGCGGCGGCCGACCUCAGCUCCCCGCUCAACUCAAACUAUCUCAACAACUUCUUCCAGCUGCAGCGGAACGAGGCCUUAAACAACAAUGUCUACAAGAACGUGUCUCCCUACGGCUCCCUCAACAACAUCGUGGAUGGGCUCAACUCCCUGACGGACCACUUCUCCGACCUGUCUUUGUCUUCCGAGCCCCGAAAACCCAACAAGAGACCCCCACCCAACUACCUGUGCCACCUGUGCUUCAACAAGGGACACUAUAUCAAAGACUGCCCCCAGGCCAGACCGAAGGGAGAGGGCCUGACUCCAUACCAGGGGAAGAAGAGGUGCUUCGGGGAGUACAAGUGUCCCAAGUGUAAGAGGAAGUGGAUGAGCGGGAACUCCUGGGCCAACAUGGGACAAGAGUGCAUCAAGUGCCACAUCAACGUCUACCCACACAAGCAGCGCCCACUGGAGAAGCCUGACGGACUGGACGUGUCGGACCAGAGCAAAGAGCACCCCCAGCAUCUGUGCGAAAAGUGCAAGGUCCUGGGCUACUACUGCCGCCGCGUGCAAUAACUGUCCACAUCCACGAGGAGGAGACACGCCGCUGGAUCCAAGAUGAAGCAGCCAGGAUCCAACAUGGCGUCCUUCCUUCAUGACAUCUUCACUCGUGUCAACUCCAGAAGCCUUAAAAAUACGGCAGACUGUUUCUCCCUCAUUCGUAGCAAGUUUUCUCUUUGUAUUGAUAGUGCAUUUACAUGGAAUGAUGGUGGACAGCUUAAAAAAGUACUUUUUGUUUUUCAAAUAUAAAAGGUUUUCACAAUCAUUCAAAAAGAGAAGAAAGGAUCACUGCUCAAAACAAGUCAGAAAUGUCCAACUUGGGCACAGCUAACACGAUUUCAGAAUGAACUUAUCCACAAUAUUUGCUUUUUUUGGUUUGCGGUAAUCAGCUUGUCCCUUUUAGGCCGCGGUAGAGUUGAAGGAGAGUGCAAUGUAUCGCAAUGUUGUUUUUUAAAUUACAUUCAUGAGUUUCAGUCACUUUUUUGCCUGGUAUGGGCGCCAUUUUGAGGACUUCAGACGAUAGGCUAGCAUGUUUUGGAUUGUUUAUUCUUAUGGCAAGUGUCAAUUUUACGGAAAAUCACUUGAAAAUCCUGUACAUUACCAAAAAAUACAACUUGUAUUACUUGUCUUUACUAACACAGCAACUUCCCAAAAAAGUACAACAAAGAUGGUAGGCGUAUUUUGCGAAAGUCCUCCAGUUUUUGGUUUAAAUUGACAACAAAAUGCCAGUUACUCUCAACGCAACAACACAGAAUGUCCCUGCAGGGCUACCAUAGCAGUUUUCAAAAUGGUGGCUAAAUGUUUACAGAUAUGAUGCCAUAAUAGCACACUUUGUUGUAAAAAUUAUAUAUGCCUGGCAUCUCUUAUCCACUGUCCAUUAAAUUCCAUGUAAAUGCCACAGCGUGCACUACACCUAAAACAUGGGAGCAAUUUCUCUCUCACUUAAGUGCUCUUCAUAAAAUCCAGUGACUGUGUGUGCCUUGUAAACCUACUGGCCCUGCAUUAGCCUUUAGCAUUAGCCUUUAGCAUUAGCAUUGUUAGCAUCACUGUCAGUAUUACCUCUUUUCGGGGAUCUUUGGCUUCGUGUUUACAAAAAUCUGCUUUCCAUUUUGUCUAUGUAACGGUAUAAUAAUAAUAUGCAAAGGGCCUUAUGAUGUCUUGCCAUUUAACCAGCACAUCUAACCUAACUGUGAAUGAACCGAGGGAUACCGUGCCAUACGUCCCUUUAGCUUACAUUUGGGCCUAUUUAUUUUGCUCGUGUGCAAUCGGAACUUGUAACUGGGACAUGAAGUAACGCGUUUGUAUGUUGUUUUGUUCAAAUCGCUUCACAGUGCCUUUAUAGAAACUACUGUAGGCUCAGAUGCUAAAUAAUCUCGCUUCAUUUUUCCGUCCCCUAAAUAUUUUUUUUUUUAUAGCCACUUGUGUCAAGCUAAAUGUAUGCAAUGUGUUUCUAAUUAGUAGUACAUGCAAUGAUCUGUCAAAACUACAAAAUAUCUAAAAGAAAAGGGCUAUCCGCGGGAUUGCUUCAGUAUGGGUCCAGGGAGAUUGUAGAAAUGCCACAAUUUGAUUAGCAUUACGUUAGCGGGUUAGCCAUACAUAUGUUGGACCUUAAAAUAAAUUGGAAACAUGCAGGGAGAGUGGUGCCUGAAGGGUUAGUGUUGUUGUGGGAUGACAGCAAAGUAAAGUCAAUGGAAAAAGUAUUAAGGCUGCACUCUAAGAUAUGUCCAAGAGGCGGGGGUGUCACUGUCCAUUACAUCCAAUUUGAUAAGCUCAUGUUAAAUGUUUCUAGCACUUUGUGAAACUAAUAUACCAGCUCAGUAUAACUUACACUAUACACAUGUUGCAAUCAGUGGCCAAGGACGACUGGUGCAUAUCUCAGUGUAUGGGACUUAGGCAGGGAAUUGCAGUUUAUAUAUAUAUUUAAAAAAAAAGCAAUAAAUGAAUAAAAUCAGAGAAUGUUUGCCUGUGCACAUCGUAAACAUGUCCAGGAGCAUUCACGCUUGAGAGAACAGUGAAAUAUAAUCUGAUAGAGAAAUGCACCUGCACAACCACCAUGUACCACACUAAUGUAUGAGCUGUAAUGAGCCUUUUAUUGUGCGAAGGCAAAACUGUUCUUUAUCUAUCAGUGAUUCUUUUGGUGACACCCCUGCCAUGACCUGAAGAUCUGAAGUAUGAAUGUUUAAAAUGUGAAGGCGAGCUGCAAAGAAGGUUCACUGAAAGUGACAAAGAAGACAUUUGAAUUCAUGAUAUUUGCAAAUUGAUAUAUCUUUAAGAGACUUUUUCAUAUUUAUGCGUCCUUCUAUAUUGUUUACACACGACAAUGAAGAACAUAGGAAAUCUAUUGGUAGACAUGACUCUUUAUAUUGUGAAGUUUUGUAAAAGUACAAUUUUAUAUUUGUAGCCAUGCAAAAAUAUUUCAUACAAACAGUUUGUUAUGAAAUGUACCGGUAAUCACAAUACAAGUGAUGCUUUUGAACAUAGGGAUCAGAAAGACAUCUAUAUGAUCUGGUGAAAAUGAGUUUAGAGCUAUUCCAGGUGACAUUAUUUUAUGAAAAUGACUUAGGUGGAGUGUUAAAUUCAAAGUGCACUGGCUGAAAAAUACAUUGAAACCCAUCAGUAAAAAUAAGUUAAUUACUCUAAGUACAACCAACUUUAAAAUCUACUCCAUCAAGACUCUGAAUCCAUUUGAACUUUGUGCCGUGCAGCGUGUUGCAGGUUGAGUAUAGCCAGCAUUGCCUCAUUAGCGGUGUGAGCUGGCACUAGCCUUUUUCACAUGGACACAAUUUGCUGAGCUGGAGCCAGGGGCUGAGGCAGCACAUCCAGCUGGCACACUGCGUCCCUCUGCGGUCGGUUGUCAUGGAAUAUCAACAAAGAUGUUAUUUCUUCAACACAACACGCGGCGCUCGUAUCAUGAUCUGCUGCUCUCACGUUUUUGCCUGUUGUAGUGUUUAUGUGAGGGGGGUCGGGUCGUUCGAGAGCGACAGUUGGGCACUUGGAGGAGGGGUUUUUAGUGACUUAAAUUGGUACCUCUGAAGUUGGAAGAAUCAUUUGGUGACUUUGCAUUUUGGGAAGUAGACGGAAGGAACAGAAUGUGAUCAUAGGCGGUCACAGCUGGGAACAGUGUGCUUGCCUAAGGGGAGAGUUUUUUAAGUGUUUUGAAAAUUGAGUUCUGUUUUAUGCUUGGGAGAAUGGGAUAAUCUGUCUACCUAGUAUGGAGAAGUGGACAGGAGUUAUGUCAUGUAGAUUAAAGAAGCACUAUGGCACAAUUCUGGUGAAGGGUCAAUGGAGAUCUUAAUGCUUUGCCUGGAGUGUUCCACAAUAUGCCAUUUAAUCUAUCUAGCAUGUAUAACUCAAUUACAGGUGUCACUACUGUUAAAAAUACACACUAAAAAACAUAAAUCUCUCAAGACACUGUAAUAGUAUUGUCCAUUCCAGUCUAGUUCAGUCCAGUCUUGCUAUACUUCCGUUGUAGGGAGUAUUAUACCUCUGAUGACACAAGCUAAAAUAACAAAAGGCUGAGCUGACCUGUAAAUUGGCCUCGUAGUGCCGCCUGUCUCCGUUGUGUAACACUGAUACACUUUGAUGCUAAUCUGUGGAACAUUCUAGGCAACGCAAUAACAUUUCCAUGGAGACUAGAAGGUGGCAGGUACUCCAUAAGAAAAGUUACAUAGAAUAUACCAUUUUUAUUGAAACGUCAUUGCUUCUCAGGCUUUUCAAACCGCUUUACAUUGAUCUCAUUCAACCCUCAGUUACUUGGCGGUAAACUACUGCUCGUCUGUAAUGCCAUAGGUGCCCCAGGGCAGACGAAAGAGUACGUGGCGUCCAUUCUGCGCCUAUAGUCUGUCUGACCACUACACUCAAGACCGCAACUAAUAAAACAAACUCUAUGUGAUUAGUUCCAUCUAAUUCUCCAAAGAUAAUAUGUACUAGUAGCCUGGGUAUCUCAAACCAGAAUGUAAGAUUUUCCCUUUAAGGCAUAUUUUUGUUUAUGUGGUGACAAGUACCCUCUGAAAUGUAUUAGGGCCAUUAUGUAACAUGUGAGUGUAAACUAACUUGUAUUCUAGUAAAAAAUGUAGCCUAAAAAGUGGCAGAAUUUACUAACAACUUUUUGAUUUUGCCAAUAUGAAUCCAGUGUUAAAGGCAAACCACCUGCCAGAGGAAGCAGCUGAAACAGACCGUACAUUUGAAUUGAGAUACUUGCUCUUAAAGUCUUGAACGACAUACUUGACUUUUCUAGGACCGUUUUAUAUAAGCAAGAUGUGUAUUUCGAAAUUUGAAAUGUUGUGAAAAUUUUAUAAAGCAAUCUGCAAAAAAUUUCAAGAAAUAUUUCCCGGAACAAGAUAUUUUCUGUUUUUGUAUAUAUUUGAUGGCCGUUGUUCUAGCUCUUUUAGCAGUUUUCAAGCUUUUUAUGUGAAGAAGGGCCGAUCGGUGAAAAUUUUGAAAAAAAAAAAAAAAGAUGGGAGAAUUUUCAAUAAUCUGAGGGCAUAUCCUGCAGAAAUAUUUAAGAUUUUUUACUCUUAUUUUGUAUAGAAUAUGCAAGUUACACUAAAAAGGAAAUAUUGUUUUCUACAUAGGAUAUUAUGAAAAAGCUGGUACAUAAUUAAUAUGCAAUUAUAAGCCAAUGUAUAGGAAGAUUUAUCAGUGUUGAAUUGCUAACUAACUGUGCUGCCGUGACAACCAUACAGUCGCCUUUUAUGUAUCUAUGACACCAUUUUGAAAGUAUAUUUUUGCUUUUAUUCUUAUUUAGUGAUUGAUACUCACCACUGUAUUAAGCACGUUAAACUGUGAGAUGUAGUUUGCUUCAAGCGACAAGCAAAUAUUAUAAUUAAAAAAUAUAUAUGGUGUAUUUUGAUGUUAUUAAUAGUAGUUGUAGUAGCGAUUGUAUUAUACUUUUGAAGAGAGAGUGUGACAAAGAACUGUUUUAGAGUUUGCAUGUGCAUGUGUUUGGUUUUAUGAAAUAGUAUGGAAUAUUAUUUGGUGCAAUGUAAUUUAAACACAGUAGUUUGCUAUAGUACAUAUUGUUUUAACUCUAAGAGCAACUUCUGGUUAGUUAUAAUGGGCCUGGUUACACCUAAGUAUUGCUUUUCUAUCACAUUACAAAACAACAGAUUCAGAUUUUGGUUGAAAUCAAACCUAAUACCUGUCAUUUAUUACGUUUACAUUUUUUAAAAUUUUUUCCCACAAUUUUUUUCAGAUUUUUUUCUCUUUUUUUUCAAUUUUUUUUUUCCUAUAGGUAAUUUCUGUCUGAUACAAGGCUUUGGUUAUCUUUAAACAAAUUUGAUGUGUUCCAAUAUUGCAAUAAACACAAUUUCUUAUUUGUAUUCAGUUGCGUUGCCAAAACCGUGACUUUGACUUUAAGACAUUAUAAAGAAACUGUCCAGUGUAAUGAUAUAUGCUCCUGUGUGUAUCCAGGCCCUAUUUGUAGCCUACAUAUUUACUGAAUGUAUUGUUUAACACUUAUGUGGUCUAUUUGCGUUGUAUUCUUGAUAUUUGUAAUGCGAUAUUGCAAUAAUGUACUUUGUAGACUGGACAGAACACAGAUAUUUUUGGAGAGACUGUCAUAGUAGUAUCCAAGUAUCCAAAUUCAUGUCCACGAAACGGCAUUCCAAAAUGUGCCUUAUUUGUUAGAUGGGAGACCAUUGUAGUGCUUUUAGUGCUGUUGAAAGUUUGACAAAUAAAAAAAUCAUGAUGAAUUGCGUCAA